UUAAUUGUCAACCUCGAUCGCAAUUAGGGGGGGGAAAAUAUUAUCUUUUUCCAUACCUAUACAUUUCGAGCGCUUUUUGAGUGGGAAGAGAAGGAUGCUAUGGCAUUCACAGGGAAAAUUCUCAGUGCUUUCUGAGCCCCCACAGUGAAAAUUGGUUGAGCAGGGACCCUCCGACCGCUUGGACAUUUCUAAGAGGAGAUUUUGCUUGGAGGGAAAAAAAAUUAUCUGAUCUCAGCCUUCUCCCCAGGGGUAAGGAGCCCGGCUUUCAGGAAUGGUUUUUGACCUUUAAGCAUUUAUUGGCUACUGGGGUUAAAAUAAGCUUGAGAUAGGAGUAAAAAUAGCUUGCAGAAAGGUUAAAUCGAAGGUUAAAUUUGUUUUUCUUAGGAAAAUUGAGGCUGAUGUUCAAAAAUGUAGGCUUGGAGUAAAGGAUUGAGGGUACACGUUAGGGGGUCUGUAGGCAAGGAGAUGCAAUUCCUUUAAAAUACUGAUGGCUGCUGAAGUGUUUGACUCCCAAGUUCUGAAAGUUGGUGGGUGGGUGGUCCUUCAGAUCAGGUCUGGUCUUUACCUUUCUGUGGGUUUUCAUCGUUCACGAAGAUUGGAGUGUCUGUAGCUCCUGUUGAUUUCCUCUGAGUUUUUGAUACUCGAGAGACCUGACCUGCAGGAUGGGGCAGCCGGCUGUGGGCAUGGAGCUGUGCCCGGUGUCCCUUCUCAUGUCCUGUGUCCCUGCCUGCACCUUCCCCCACGAAGGCAGGGGUGGCCUCAGUGCCCUCAGUAACCUUUCUGAUUACCUGUGCUCUGUCUGGGCUUGCCAAAGAUAAAAUAGAAAAUUAGAAGGUAACGAGUCAGAAGAGGCAUGUAAAGUUAUGAAUGUGAGUAGUAAAGCAAAAAAAUCCCCUUGUAGAUGUGGAGAAAGGCAAAGCACAGGAAGUAAACGAGGGCUUGUUUUGUUUUAAAUUGAAAUGAGAUUAAAUUUUGCCCUGGGGAGCCAAGACAGCAGAGUUUGUAUGGAGGAGGGAUGGCUUGCUCCUCACCUGGGCACCUGAGCUUUUGCUGGAAAGCUGGGGCUGGCAGCUGCCUGUAGAGGAGGUGAGGGACAGACGAGCCCCGGCAGGCAGGGACAGGCUCCUGCUGCCCAGAUGGUUGUUCUAGGUACCAGAAUCCUGCCCUUUUGCAUUUAUUCUUUGCAGGGCUACCAGGGAUGUUAGGAAGAGCUUCCUCCCAGAUGUAGGGGCUGAGUACCAUGAUUUGCUGCGGGUCUUGUUGGCCCUGCUGCUGUGCGUCCUUUGGUCCUAAAGUUUGUUCUUCUGUUACUAUGAAAUUGGGGCUGUGCCAAUUUGGGGGAUGCUGCUGCUCUCUCAGAGCCUCCCGUAGCAGCACUUGGCUCCAGAAUUUCUUCAUGGGAAAAGGCAGUGGGACAAGGACAACACUCUCACGGUGUACACACUGGGAUGUUCCAGCCCUCCACCCUUUUUAUUACGCUUUCUAACAACUGGCUGGUGUUCUAGACGGAGGGAGAAACAGGUUUAAGGCGGAGGGGAUCGCAGAGGGGAUGCUCCGGGAGCACAGCCCCACGGCUCGGUGUCAGCCAGCGGGCACAGGCGCUGGCACGGGGCCGGGACGGGUCCCCGGCGCGGGGUCGGUGACCGGAGCCGUGUGCGUGCCGCUGGGGGCACUAUGUUCUGUUUGUGUUCCUAUUUCUGGGCUGGAAGAACAAACAGGGAAGUGGUUUUUCUGCAGUCUCAUUGCAGCUCAAACAGAGCACAUCAUUCAGCCGGUGUUGCUCACAGCGUCAGAGGUGACAGCGCGGGGACCGAGCGCGGCGCAUCCCUCAACCUGCGGGGAGGCUGGGAAGAGAUGGAAGAAAAACGACGCAAGUACUCAAUCAGCAGUGAUAACUCAGACACCACUGACAGUCACACCACAUCCACCUCCAGAUGCUCCAAAAUUCCGAAUACCAAAUCCCCCUGGUCACGGCAGAAGGAGAAGAAGCCCUCUGAGGUUUUCCGGACGGAUCUGAUAACAGCAAUGAAGAUCCCUGACUCCUUCCAGCUGAGUCCUGAUGAGUACUACAUCCUGGCUGAUCCCUGGAGGCAGGAGUGGGAGAAGGGUGUCCAGGUGCCAGCAAGUGCUGAGGCCAUCCCUGAACCUGUGGUCAGGAUCAUCCCCCAGCUGGAGAACUCACUUUCACAGGUUUCACCGAGCAGCCUGCCUGGCUCUGAUAUUUCAGAAGCUACAAGGACUUACUUGCAAGGAAUGAGCCGCUAUGACUUGGACGAGCUCGAUACCUGCUGGUUGGAACUUGUUAACAUGGAGCUUAAGGAGAUGGAAAAGCCUGAGCUGGAUGAGAUCACCCUGGAGCGAGUGCUGGAGGAGCUGGAGACCAUGUGCUACGAGAACAUGAAUAUCGCCAUCGAGACCGAGGAGGGCUUGGGCAUCGAGUACGACGAGGAUGUGGUGUGUGACGUGUGCCGCUCGCCAGAGGGGGAGGAUGGCAAUGAGAUGGUGUUUUGUGACAAGUGCAACGUCUGCGUGCACCAGGCGUGCUAUGGCAUCCUGAAGGUCCCCAUUGGGAGCUGGCUGUGCCGGACCUGCGCCCUCGGUGUUCAGCCCAAGUGUCUGCUGUGCCCCAAGAGGGGGGGAGCGCUCAAACCCACCCGGAGCGGGACGAAAUGGGUCCACGUUAGCUGUGCCUUAUGGAUACCUGAAGUUAGCAUUGGAUGUCCUGAAAAGAUGGAACCCAUUACGAAGAUCUCACAUAUCCCAGCAAGCAGAUGGGCUUUGUCCUGCAGCCUCUGCAAGGAGUGCACUGGGACAUGCAUUCAGUGCUCCAUGCCAGCCUGUGUCACCGCAUUCCACGUCACCUGCGCCUUCGACCACAACCUCGACAUGCGGACUAUCCUUGCAGACAAUGAUGAAGUGAAGUUCAAGUCCUUCUGCCUUGAGCACAGCACUGGGGCCACCAAGUUGCCUGAGGAGACACGGACAGAGCCCGACCAAGCCCAGCUGGACUUGGAGAAGGUCACGCUGCGGAAGCAGAAGCUCCAGCAGCUGGAGGAGGACUUCUAUGAGCUCGUGAAACCUUCAGAGGUGGCAGAGAAUCUUGACUUAAGUGAAUCUCUGGUGGAUUUUGUCUACCAGUACUGGAAACUGAAGAGGAAAGCAAACUCCAACAAACCGCUGCUGACACCAAAAACGGAUGAAGUGGACAACUUGGCUCAGCAAGAGCAGGAUGUUCUCUACCGACGCUUAAAGCUCUUCAUGCACCUCAGGCAAGACCUGGAGAGGGUUAGAAAUCUCUGUUACAUGGUGACCAGACGGGAGAAAAUGAAACACACCAUUUGUAAACUGCAGGAGCAGAUCUUCCAUCUCCAGAUGAAGCUUAUUGAGAAAGAUCUUUACCCAGAACAAACUGGGAAGAAGACAAGGGGUAAGAAAAGUGACCCAAGAAGGAAAGGAAGAGAUGGUAGAAAAAGUAGUCCUGAGAAGACAGAGAAAAGGAAAUCGGUCAACGAAACUGUUUUGGGACAACUGGGCUUGUCAACCUCCUUCCCCAUCGAUGGGACCUUCUUCAACAGCUGGUUGGCACAGUCGGUGCAGAUCACCGCGGAGAACAUGGCAAUGAGCGAGUGGUCACUCAACAACGCCCACCAUGAGGACAGCACCCCUGGCCUCUCCGAGGAGCUUCUCCAGGAUGAGGAGACCUUGCUGAGCUUCAUGAUGGACCAUUCCCUCAGGUCCCCAUUCAGGCAGAGUGAGACCACAAAGAAAGUGAAAAGCAGAACGAGAACGAACACUAAGAAAAAGCUGCCAAGGAGCAACCCCUCUGCAGUGGGUGGGGGCCACCCAGAGGGCUCAGAGCCCUGGACUAACAAUGCCAGCAACUUGUCGGAUGAUCCCGCCAAGCCCUUCGCUCUGGAUUCCAGACCGAGCAAGCUGGAAAAAGGGGCAGCAAAGCUUCCCACAGACCGCAAAGGGACGGGAGAGGCCAAAAAGGUGGCCAAGAAGGGCUCUCUCCAGAAAGCCAGCGAGCCUCAUCCCCCCGCUGGGACACGGGGCUGCGUCAGCAAGGAUGAGGAGGAGGAGGAGGAGACGCCGCGCUGCGCUCAGACGCAGCCCAGCCCCGCAGCCAAAGUGCCUGACUCCAUAGGUAGCCCCAAAACCAUCGUGAGGUUUAAAUUACCAAAGGAGAGCCGGGGGACGCGGCGCUCGCAGCCCCCCAAGGCCGAUGGCGCUGGCGGAGCUCCCCUGCGUCGCUUCGACGCCGACACGGACGGAUACUUCUCCGACGCCGAGAUGAGCGACUCGGACGGGGAGUCCCGCAGCGGCCGGGCGCAGCGGGGCCAGCUGGACGCGGCCGGCGAGGACAUUGUCAGGAUGAGCAUCCUGGCGUCCUAACUCCUCUGAUCACGCUGGCUCGAUGAGGCCUCAACCCAGUUCCAACUGCCAUGUCCGAUUUCUGCCUGGUAUCACAGCGAGGGGGGUUUUUAAUAUGUGUAUAUAGUUGGAAAUUCUGCACUGUUGUCUUUCUCUUCUCGAUACGCCUGAGAUACAGCUUCAGCUUCACCGACAUCGAUGACUGUGACAGCAGUGGUCCCUCCCCGGCUCCCUGCCAGACCCCACUUCCUGGGAACGUGAGCUGGCACCUGCCAGGACCGAUGUCAAGGGUGCAGAGGGUGGUGGGUGCCGGUACCCGUGCUUUCUGCAGGGAUGACAGUUCAAUUAAUGGGCAUUAUUUAAUGAGGGGCAGAUUUCUGCCUGGGACGGUUGCCCUCAGAGCAGGGAGCGAGUAGAGGGGUCCGGCAGUGGCCAGUGGGAGGGGAAAUUCCCACCUGUGUGUGCAGAGAGAACGAGGCGAAAUAAGCGAUUCUAAAAUAAAUAAUGACUAAAGCACAAAAAGCUUGUUGGAGGAAAACGCUUGGGGUGGAAGAGAGAAAUGUUACAUUUCUGUUUCUUGGGAAAAAAAACAACCCUUGGUCAUUAUUUUUCCCAUCAUCUUUCCAUUCCCAUGGGUUGGGAUCCAUUCAGGGGCCAGGAUGCAGGAGUCCUCCCCAUCCAUGCCCCCACUGAGGUUCUUAGAAACACUGAAGUGAUUUACUCAGGUGAAUGGAUCAGCAAGUGGAAAAUGGAAAUGUGGGGCAGGAUGGAAGAGGAAAGUGUCCUUUAAAACCACUGUGGGGAGUGAGGGUUGGUGUAACCUGGGAGGUUGAGCAAUUUUUUGCCCAUGUUUCUCUCCAAUGCUGCCAUGGUCCCACCAUGCCAGGGCAGCACAUAUGAAAUCCCCCUUGCAAACCAAAACUAUGGCCCCAAGGCCAAAUGUGCCAUCACUGAGGGGAAAUAGCAGCCCUUGCCACCACCACUAAAUGCUACAAUGGAAAUGGUGAAUUUAUUCCUCUCCAUCCUUUGUUUUGGUUUGUGGUUUGGUUUAUUUUUUAUUACCUUAAAUCCUGGUUACAAGCUGUUGACUCGUUGUGGAGGGGUGAUUCACAGAAGCUGACAUAAAUAUUACAAUAAUUUAAUGCAUAAAAUGUCCCCAGUAAGCCUUAAAUGUUGUUUAAAAGCCCAUGUUACCUAUAAGUCAGGCGAAUUUCCAUGUUUGCACUUAAUUGCACCAUUACUUCGGUUUUGGCUUCAAAGGUCACAGUUAAGUCAUGCUACGUGUUUUAUUGGAGUGACCCCAGUGUGAGCUCAGGGAACAAAAACAAAAAAGGAAUUCACUGAAACUUUUGUUGUUGUUGUUUUUUAAAAAUAAAAAAUGUUUAAAAAAAAAAACUUAAAAAAAAAAAACCACAAAACCAACCCAAACCUGGGACACUUCUGCAACCGGUUAAACCCAUCACUGAACAAAAAAACCUUGCAAUUGUCAAACCAAUCAGUCAAAGAAUUUUGUGGAUGCCAAAGAAAUAUUUUGACAGUCAAGCAGCACAGAAACCGGAAACUUGUCAUUAUGAAAAAAAAAAUUGGAAGUUAUUUAGCAACCAAGGACUAAAGACACACUCAUACCACACUGCUGCGGCGUUAGGUUCCAAGCUUGCUCCGAGGGAUGCUGCUGCUCCAAGACCGCAUCCUGCCAUUUUGGUUUCCAAUGCUUUUUGCUCAUUUCACUGUGAGCUUUCUUUUUUGAAACUCUGAGACUAUUUUGAUUCAUGUUUUAGAGUAGAUCAUCAUCUUUAUCAGCCUUCCAAAGUCCUUAUUAUUGAUAAAAUUGCAGCAAAGAUCAGCGAUGACAGCCCAGCUGAUCCCAGACACGGCAACUGGUGGGGCCUUUGGGUGGGAUGCCCAGCCCUGCCUAAGCCAAACACUCACCUGGCUGAGACUGACUGUGCCUGGGAAGGAAUCUUCCUCAGAUGGGAAAAAUGUGACAAUGUUUUAUUAGUGAAAAAAAAAAAAAAGAAAAAAAAAGAAAACAGAAAAACAGCAAAAUACCAACAAAACAGGAACCACCUUUGUUAUAAAUUAGCAUAAUCCAUUGAGGUUGGAAAUGAAAAUCUGCUCAUUAAUUAAGGCUCAGUAUGUUCAGAUAAUGUUAAAUACAGUAAAUAGGACUUAGUUUAUCUUAUCAGGCUUGCUAGCUUUAGCUCCAGUAUCCUAGUAUACGAGUCAUAACAAUAAUCAAUAUGCUGCCUUUUAAUGAGUCUUGCUUCCGUGUGCUUCACUCAAUUAUGGUUAUAAAAAAGGAAUCCACAAAUUUCACUGUACACAGUUCCAUUCAUCAGCUUCUGCACUACUUGUUUUCUCAGUACAGGAAAGCAAAAAGGGGGAAACUUUAAAGAACAACUGACCUGGCACCUCCAGCACUGGGCACAGUUGAAACACUCCCAAAACAUCAGGCAUCAUGUUUUGCAUCAGGAGAUGGGGGAAAAGCUAAGGGAGCUGGUGGGGCACAGGGAGAAGAAUGGGAUGGCAGGAAUAGAAAGGAGGAAACGGGCUCAUUGGUGAGCUGUGGGGUUGAGCAAGGGCUGGACCAUGGCAGGACAGCUGCAGCCACCCCAGAGCAUCCUCUGCCUGGAGCAUCCUUGGAGCAGGAGAGUCUGGUGUUCUGGAGAGAAAAUGCACAAGGAAAAUAUUUUUGAUGUUAAUGUAAAUGUAUUUUGAAAUGAAUAGAAAGAGAAGAAAAAAAAAAAGGUUUAUUUUAGUACAGAAAUGUUAUCUUUUAAGAUGUAUAAACUGCAGGAAUCUACAUUUGCACUGUUAGAGCACCUGUUUCCUUGGUGGAACAGCCACUGUUGCAAUGAGGAUGCAGAAAGCAUCAUUCCCUGAUGGAGCACGGCCCCACACCAGCCCCAGCCGUGAUGGUUGAGGGACUUUCCCCAGGACAGCUCCCAUUCCACACUCCCAUUUUCCCUACACCCAUAUUUUGAUAUUUUUUAAAUUAUUAUUAUUAUUAUUAUUAUUGGGUUUGUUUGUUAUUUUUUUUUCACUUGCACCUAUUUUAUGGGGUUAGGAUGCCUGCUGUCCCAUGGAGCUCGCCCCAAGGCUGGAUGCAGAAUGGAGCCAGGCUGGAUGCAGGCUGCAGGAAGAUGCUGCUACAGUGCAGGGCAUGAGGUUUGGUUGUUCUUUAAGGAAAUCCCCUGCAGUUUGCAGCAUUCCACAUUCAAAACAACCCACUUCACAUCAGUUACAGGAAAUGAUAUGAAUGUCACAGGAGGAGAAACCCUUCUGUUUUCUUUGUUUCAAAGAACGUGAUGUGCCAUUUGUUAAUACAAAAGAGAAAUAUUGAAAAUAUAUUGAAAAGAGCAAUUUUAAAUUAUUUUUGGCUUAUGUUGCAAUAUUUAUUUUCUUGUAUUAGAAAUUCCUUUGUAGAGAAAAAAAAAUGUAUUUUUCAUUAAUGCAAAAACCUAUUUCUCCUUUUUGUACAUUUUCCAUGUUAGUUAAUUCUUAAAGCAAUAUAAUGUUAUCAAACUUGUUCUGUGUGAGACUGUAUUAUGCAUGCUAUUUGUGUUGCCUUGGAAUAGCUCUGUCUGCCAUUAUUUUCAUCCUGUUUAGAUACAGUGUAUGCUUUAAUACACAUUGGGACCAUGGCCCAUUGCUUAUGAAAAAAAAACCCUUUGCAUUCCUCAAUGUGUUGGCAAAUGCAGUCAAUAAAGCAGUGUUUUCUGUGUA